AUGGUGCCCUUCACGCGCUUUGCCUGGAGCAUUGCCCCACAGCUCGGCCAGCCUCACAUCGCUAGACGAUCCAUCACUCACGCGGUCCAGCUCACCCUCGUCCUUCUCGUCUCGAUGGGCAUCGCUCAUCUCCUGACUACCGCCUCGAUGGCUGCAGUCAUACCGACCUCUGCUAUGAACGCUACCACAGCCUUCGAAGGACUCGAUGCUCGCGGUAAUGCCGCCAAUUGUCCGAUCAUCGCAGGCGGUAUUACGAGCUGUGGUAGGCAUGUCAACCAUACGACCAGAUCAGACUACCCUGGUGAUCAACAGCCCCAUUCUCACAAGACCUCUUGGGUAGACGCUAUCCAAGCUUCGGAAGGUUCACUGCGUAUGAAAGUCCUGCUUCACCCAUACAGUAAGGCUUGCUCCGCCUCAAUGCGCAACGAGUCCAUCGAGCUUCAGCACCUUCCUCGCGUCAACGCGGAGCCAAGGCCCAACUCUGGCUCUGAGGAGGAUCAUGAUGAUGCAGGGGAAGGAGAGGGUAAGGGUUUGGCGCAGCUUGAUGCGUCGCUGCACCUGGCCGGUAAGGGCAGAGUCCUUAUCGAAACCUUUGAUUCACAGUUGGAUCGUGAGAAGUCAAAGUGA